AUGACGUCGCACUUCCUUUUGUUGGGCAACAACCCCUCUGCUGUCCAGAGUCAAAUGCAGCCGCUGGCGUCCACAUUUCCGGGUAAAGCUACAUGGACGUUGGCAUUUUCGCUCGAGGAGUUUGAUCGCUAUGCCAAAGCCGAGAAAGACAAGCUCGACUUUGUGAUCCUUGGCCCGACUACCACGGCCGAGCAGGACGCCUCUGUUAGGCAGAUUGUCACGAGCAUAUGGGGAAAAGUGAAACAGCAGAGGGAUGAGCCGGGUCCGGGGAAGUGGGUCCUAAGGAUUCCUGGUGUAUUGAACACGGAGGCGGGGCGAAACGGUGGUAUCAUCAACUGGGUUGAUCAGCAGGUUGAGGGCUAG